UGCAUCAUCCACUCGGAAUAUUAAAAGCUGAUAUAACACCUCAUUACUGACGAAUCUCGCUCAGGUGUGCUGAGUUGUUUUUCCUGCUCGUUUGCUUAUAAAAUUAUCGUCCGGUAAGCUUCGGUCUUUUAACUUGCUUCUGCCUUGGCCGGUCAACAGACAGAGAAUUUCGAUUGUAGUCUCUCGUUUCGUUGCAAACGAUUAUAAUGUCAAAGUGGAGUUUUAUUACUUUGGCGAUUUUAAUCGUGGCGCCUCUUGCACUGAGCAGACAUAUUGAACACAACAGUGCUGGGGGGUCUUCAAGGAGGCAUGAAGAAAACAGAGAAGAAGAGGAAGACAGCUGGUUGUUUCCUAAAUCCCACCUGCGUUUGCACGCUAAACCCCCAAAAGUCCUGCACACGAAAGAGGGUGGAAGCGAAAUCCUGGAAUGCCAAGCAGGUGGUAGUCCGCUUCCUCAUAUCUAUUGGCUGAAGAAUGGAGAGCAGUUGUCGAAGAUUGAUAUUGAAGAUGAGCUGGAAACAAAAGAUGAUGACGAACAAAGGUUGAACAUGGGGUCGACGAGUUCCAGGUUGUACCUUGACUGCCUGACAAUGGGAGACGAGGCAGAGUACACCUGCAUAGCUGAAAAUUCUAAUCUAAGGGAAAGCACGACGACACGUGUUACAGUUUCGUCCUCAGAUGACAGGAGUUGUCACGAUAAGAAACGAUUCGGUCAAGCUCCUCGUAUCGUAACAUGGACGAAAACAGCUCUUGAAAAUCAAGGUGAAAAUGUUCGAGUCGCUUGCAGAGCCGAGGGAGUCCCUAAACCAAAAAUAAAAUGGCUAGAUCCACUGGAGGAAGAAAUUGACCCAGAAAGGAAAUCUAGGUUUGAUAUCUUAUCAAAUGGUGAUCUUGUCAUUCGUAAUCUGAAGUGGAAAGAUAUGGGCAAUUACAUUUGCAUAGCAGAAAACACUCACGGCUCGGCACGGGCGGAAGUUUUCGUAUAUCCAGCAGCUCUCGAAACGUGAAACUGGUAAUAGUAGGCGCAACCAAGUUGCAGCCAGCCUGUUUUAUGGACAAAGAAAGCCAGAUAUAUUGUGAUGAUUUCCUUUUGAAUGAAAAACAUAUCUGACCCCGUGCAUUUUAUUUAUUUAUUGACACUCGUUUUUUUUUGUUCGUUACCUAUUUAUUAAUCAGUAUUUGUACAUAUGCGGUAUUAUUUUUUGUACAUAACAAGUUGAAUAAAUAGAAAACUAUUUUGUUAUAAA